CUUGUUUUCAGCUUUUUGUAUGGCAACGUGCAGGGUUUGAAACUAUCACAUUUUUCGAGGCACCUGCGUUUUGUGGAUUUUGGCUUAUUAAUUGAAAAUACUCAUGUCUUUACGUAUAGAAUAACUCCAUUUUCUUUCAGUGGAACUCGAUACGAUAAAUAAAUUAACAUAUAAAAGUCUUCCUGUCGUUUGGUAUCCAGUUCGUCAUGAAACCAUUGACUUUUGGUAUAAUUAGAGUAGGAUCAGAUUUGGGUUUUAUUGCCGCAUUAAUAAUUGCCAAUACUGUUUUGCAGAAUAUCGAUCCAUACAAAAGAGGAUAUUUUACUCAAGACGAAUCAAUCAAAAAGCCAUUCAAACCAAAUACCGUCUCACCUAUUGUUCUCUAUGUGGUAUCCUCACUAUUAAUAUUGUUUACGAUAGUUGUAGGUGAAAUAAUUGUCGGUGCAAAAUCUUUAAAAAAAACUCAUCAUUAUAUACCCUUGGUUUUGUAUCCGAUUUAUGAUUCUCUAAUUGUUGCGGCCUUUGGUUAUUUUGCCACUAUCGGUCUUACAGAUGUAGGCAAAGUUUCAUUUGGUCGUCUUCGUCCUAAUUUCCUUGAUGCAUGCAAACCUACUAAUCUUCAAACUACAGCCUUGGGUUUUGUUGAUAAAUUUACUUGCUCAUCAGACACAUCGAAUGGCUUGAGAAAAUCUUUCCCAUCUGGACAUACUUCAAUUUCAAUAUAUACUGCUAUGUUUCUAUGCCUCUAUAUUCAACUACGAUUUUCACGUUCUCGUGUAUAUCCAGGUGUAAGAAUAUGUUUCCAAAUGAUUUAUAUUGCUCUGGGAUUAGUUGUUAGUUAUUCACGUAUUCUUGAUCAUAAACAUCAUUGGUCUGAUGUACUUGGUGGUGGAUUAUUAGGAUUUUUUGUGGCAUUAAGUACUUUAUACUAUUUACCGUAUGUUUGCGAUACUGGAGCUUCUCUGCCUACUAUCAGAGAUGAUCAAGUAAUGUGA